AUGUUUAGGUGUUUUAGUACUAAUGACAAUGACAAUGGUGCCGAAGAUACUAAGAGCACUACCUCCACUUCAAAUGACUUCGUAGCCUCCACCACUUCGACAACGGCGACAACGGAACCCCCGGAAGAGGCCGAAGAGACACCGCAGACAAAGCUUGAGUCCGAGAAGCCUGCUCCGGUUUCUUCCAGGCCACCAACACCACCAUCAUUUGGACCGGCUUACAGCAAUUUCCAAGCUGACUCUUUUAAAUUGAUGGAGCUUCUUGGACAAGAGAAGGUUGAUCCUGCAGAUGUAAAGCUCAUUAAGGACAAGCUCUUCGGGUAUUCUACAUUCUGGGUGACCAAAGAAGAGCCUUUUGGAGACCUUGGUGAGGGUGUUCUUUUUGUUGGGAAUUUAAGGGGGAACAGAGAAGAAGUGUUUUCCAAACUUCAAAGUCAGCUGGUUGAGAUCACUGGGGACAAGUACAACCUUUUUAUGGUGGAAGAACCUAACUCAGAAGGUCCAGACCCACGUGGAGGGCCACGUGUUAGCUUUGGCCUGCUGCAGAAAGAAGUCUCAGAACCAGGGCCAACAUCACUUUGGCAAUAUGUAAUAGCUCUCUUUUUAUUCCUUAUUACAAUUGGCUCUUCUGUGCAAUUAGGAAUUGCAUCUCAGAUCAAUAGUCUUCCACUAGAGGUGGUGAAACAUUUCACAGAUUCAACUGUAUUUGAGGCACCAGAUAUGAAGCUGUUAUUCCCAUUUGUUGAUUCUGCUUUGCCCUUAGCAUAUGGUGUGUUGGGGGUUCUGCUAUUCCAUGAAGUUGGGCACUUUCUGGCUGCAUUUCCCAAAAAAGUAAAACUUAGCAUUCCUAAUAUCACCCUCGGAAGUUUUGGUGCUAUCACUCAGUUUAAAUCCAUUCUUCCAGAUCGGAGUACACAAGUUGACAUAUCACUUGCGGGACCAUUUGCUGGUGCUGCAUUGUCCUUUUCAAUGUUUGAUGUUGGUCUGUUGCUUUCAUCUAAUCCUGAUGCCAUAGGAGACCUGGUGCAGGUUCCAAGCAUGUUGUUUCAAGGCUAUUUGCUUCUUGGGCUCAUCAGUAGAGCCACUCUUGGUUAUGCGUAUGUCCCUGUUUUCUUUUUCAAUCUUCAUUAUCAAAACUAA